CGUGAAGCCGAACAAGUCUCGCCGUCCUGCUAUCGACCACGUUCAGUCGUCCACCGUCGACGGGCUCUCUUUUUCUUGCCCGUCUCUUGUAGUACCUUCUUAUCUAUCAUCUCCAUUCGCAGACCGCAGUACCUUCUUACGCUUUCCCCUUUGAUCGGCACUCGCUUUAAAGGAUAUGGACGAGCGGGAUUUGGUGUUCUACGGGACGCCGAUAGAGCGAGAAGAAGAGCUUAGCAGCCGUAAGAAGAAAGCCGUCGCUGAGGCUUCCGGUCAGCUCCGGACCCUACCUACAUGGAAGCAGGAGGUUAGAGACGAAGAGGGUCGAAGAAGAUUCCAUGGAGCAUUUACUGGUGGAUACUCUGCUGGUUAUUACAAUACAGUGGGCUCUAAAGAAGGCUGGGCUCCUCAAACAUUUACUUCCUCGAGGAAAAACAGAGCUGAGGUUAAGCAGCAGAGCAUCCUGAACUUUUUGGAUGACGAUGAGAAAGCGGACAUGGAGGGUCGAUCCUUGGCAACUUCAACACAAUUUGAUACAUUUGGAUUUACCGCUUCUGAAGUUGCUCGUAAACAGGCUGAUAAAGAGCAAGAUAAAAGACCAUCUGCUAUUCCUGGUCCUGUUCCUGAUGAACUAGUGCUUCCGGCUGCUGAAUCUAUUGGGGUCAAACUUCUACUUAAGAUGGGAUGGAGGCAUGGCCGUUCAAUUAAGGAUUCAUCCACAGAUUCACUCUAUGAUGCUCGUAGAGAAGCCAGAAAAGCCUUCAUAGCAUUUUCUUCAAGUGACGAUACCAAAUCAAAUAUUGAUGGCGAUGCAAAUCAUGAGAAUGACCAUUCAAAUUCCUUGGAACGACCGGUCAAUGAUGAUAAUCUUUCUUCUCAAUACACAGCUUUGAAUGCACUUCAGCCAAAGCAAGACUUGCACGGUUUGGGUUACGACCCUUAUAAGCAUGCUCCUGAGUUCAGAGAAAAGAAAAGGUCACGUGUAUCUGGUACCCAAGGGCCUGGCAAUAGUAAAGCUUUGACAAUCAGUGAUAAUCUGUUUGGUUCCAAGUCAGGAAAGGCUGGACCUGGUUUUGGCAUUGGAGCGCUAGAGGAAUAUGAUAUUGAAGAUGAGGAUGUCUAUACCACUGCUUAUGACUUUGAAGAUACUGUCGUCCAAGAAGUAGAAGAUUCCUCCAAACCGAUGACAGACCAUAAGCAUAGAUUGACCUGGAAGGAACCAGGCAUUCUUCCUGGCUUCAAAGUUGCAUCCAUUUCCGAUUAUCAAGUGGAAAAAUUUAAUGCUCCUGAAGUUCCUAAGGACUUUGUUCCACGCCACAAAUUUGCCGGUCCUUUAAAGGUUGAAGAUAAGACUGCUGUUCCCCCUCCCCCUGACGUUCCACCCCCCCAGGAUAGUAAUAUGAAAGUCUUAAUUGAGGGCGUAGCAACAUUGGUUGGUCGAUGUGGUAAAUUGUUUGAGGAUCUUUCUAGAGAGAAAAAUCAGUCCAAUCCAUCAUUUGGCUUCCUUAUGGGUGGAAACGGCCAUGAGUACUAUGAAAGAAAAUUAUGGGAGGCGCAACAAAAGUAUAAAGAUCAGAAGAAGUUGCCUUUGCCUUCGGAUGGAAAAUCUUCUCAGAAGACAGAGAAGAUGAAUGCUGAGAACCGUGGCAAAAUAUUAGGGGAGAGGCCUCUAGAAAGAAGCUCAUCUAGCUUAGUGUCACCAGAUGUCAACCUGCAAUCCAAUCUUUCAGAUACCUUUAUGAAACCCUUGCAAUUUAGUGAGCUACCUGAAGUAUCAAAGCCAUUCAAAGACAACUCUGCAAAGCAGGAGAGAUUUCAGCAGUUCCUCAAGGAAAAAUACAAAGGAGGACUUCGCUCUGGAGAUUCAGGUGGAGCUAGCAAUAUGUCAGAAGCUGCUCGUGCUCAAGAGAGAUUGGAUUUUGAGCUUGCAGCUGAAGCACUAGAGAAAGCAAAUCGCGGCCAACAAAGCAAUUUGUCUGCACAACAAUCUAUGGAUUUCCUCACCAGUGCUGGCAUGCAAUUCACUUCUGCUGGUGUAGAGAGUAAAGAUACUCUGGAUAAAGAUUUUGAAAUGAAGAAAAUGUACCCAAAAAGGGAAGAAUAUCAAUGGCGACCUUCACCUGUUCUUUGCAAGCGGUUUGAUCUUGUUGAUCCGUAUAUGGGGAAGCUGCCGCCACCUCCUAGGAUGCGAGGCAAGAUUGAUUCUCUCGUAUUCAAAGCAGAGUUUAUUCCAGUUCCCAGGAUAGAAGACAAGACUGGUCAAAACCAAAAUCGCUCUUCCGGUGGUCUACAAUCAAGUGCCCAAGGAGUAAGGGAUGGUUCAGCCGAUGAGGAAGAAGAUGAAGUCGUGGUGGAAUUUGAAAAUGUAGAGAGGCCGGUCGACCUCUACAAGGCUAUUUUUUCAGAUGAUUCUGACGAGGAAGCCGAAACGUCCAAAGUCAGCAAAGUCGAAGACCCAGAAAAGAAAGUAGAAGUGGCUAAUGCAACAUUAAACCGUUUAAUGGCUGGCGACUUUCUAGAAUCAUUAGGCAAAGAACUGGGGCUGGAGGUUCCUCCUGACCUGCCGCCCUAUUCUCACACGAACCAGAACCCAUCUGCUCUGGAGAAAGAAACCACCGGUCUGAAUCUCAGAGAUGGAAGUAGUGUGAAGAUGGUUGCGGAAGUACCCAAGUCAAUGGAUGAUCAAUCUCCGCCUCGUGGUAAACUUGAUGAGGUUAAGGUGGUGAAGAUAACUGAAGAAGAUAGAAAGCAGGAGAGUCCUCCACCUUCGGAAGACAGAAUGGAUAGAAGGCAUUCCAAACGCCAACGCCGUUAUGACAACAUCAGUGACUCGUACAGCUCAUCGUCAGGCGAUGACAGCGAUCAAGACCGUUACAGCUCAAAAUCAAAAGGCCGAAGGAAGAAAGGUUCCUCAUCCAGAGACAAGAAGAGCAGUAGUAGUAGAAAGCAUUCAAGACGACGUCAUCAUAGGGGAGAUGAGAGCAGGGAAUACAGCAGCAGUAGAUCUUCUCGUCGGGAGAAAGAUCGUGGAGAAAGCAAAAGAGAGAAGCGGAAGCGGAGGGAUUGAAUGUAUUGUUGGGGUGACCGAAGGGUUCUUGACAAGGGAAACCGUAAUUCGAAGUGUAGUUAACGGUUUUCGUGGGUAAUUUUCGAGCAAGCAGGAUUCUGGGUGCCCUUAUGCUUGAAUGUCUGUUGUAUUAGUGCAUAUAGAGAUACAAUAUUGGAAAGUUAACGGUCAUUUGGACGUGGAAUAUGGGAAAUAUACAGGGUCUAUUAGU